AUGAGUUCGCGGUUUUCUGUCAAGCACUUCAGAAUGAUAUACAAUCGUUCAGCCAACACCCACGUCCCUCGAACUGUGACCACAAUGGCACUUGCAGCAGGUGUCCUGAAAAUAGUUGCACCUCAACCCGGUGCUAUUUAUCCCAUCCACCUACUUCUUGCCAUCGUUGUACUGACCAUCACCACAACCAUCUACCUUGCACUCUGUCGUAAAACUGUAUACCUUGUUGACUACGCUUGCUUCCGGCCAAGUUUCAACCUAAGAUGCCCAAAGGCAACCUUCCUCGAGCAUGCACAUCUCUCGUCUUUGCUUGAUGAUUCUACUGUCAACUUCAUAGGAACAGUUCUCAAGCGCUCAGAAAUGAGCGAUGAGACAUAUGUCCCGCCUGUGCUUCACUAUAUAGAGCCAUAUUGUGGGCUUUACGACGCACGUGCCGAAGCAGAGUCAAUUGUCUUCUCGGUGAUCGAUGAUCUUUUGGCCAAAACAUGCAUCAAUCGUGACGCGAUCGGUGUUCUUAUCACCACCUCAAGUAUAUUUUGUCCGAUACCAUCCAUUGCUGACAUGAUUGUCAAUAGAUACAAGUUGCGAGGUGAUCUUCGCGUAAUGAACCUCUCAGGGAUGGCGUGCUCUGCUUCAGUGACCGCAGUGGGGCUUGCAAGCAAUAUGUUGCAGGUCAUGCCUUGGGGGUCGCAUGCAUUGAUAGUGUCAACAGAGACCACUGGGCCAGGCCAUUAUCAAGGGAAUACACGCUCCAUGCAGUUGCCUAAUAUCUUAUUCCGCAUAGGUGGAGUGGCGAAGUUGUUGUCGACUUCUAGGUCGAAGGCUCGGUUUCAGCUUGCACAUGUCACGCGGAUAAUCACUGCGGCAAACAACUCCGCAUACCGAUGUGCAUACCAGGAGGAAGAUGAGAAGGGCAUCCUAGGGACACGUCUCACUAAAGACCUUAUGGUUGUCGCUGGAGAUGCACUCAAGGACAAUCUCACUGCAAGCGGGCCACUUGUAUUGCCGACAGCAGAGCUUCUCAAGUUUUUCUUUUUUGACAUUGUUGGAAAGGUGCUCUACUGGAGGAAGAUCAGACCAUACAUCCCCAACUUCUGUGUUGCAUUUGAACAUAUAUGCAUCCACGUAGGUGGACCGGCGGUUAUCAGCUCAAUACAGCGCGGCCUCAAUCUAUCAGACAAGCACGUUGAACCGUCACGAAUGACAUUGUAUCGCUUUGGAAACCAGUCGGCCGCAUCAGUGUGGUAUGAGUUGGCAUACAUCGACGCUAAAGGCCUAAUGAAGAAAGGCGAUAGGGUGUGGAUGAUCGGAUUUGGUGCAGGGUACGAGUGCAACACCGCUACUUGGGUGUGUAUACAACCAUCUUCCUGCGCGGAUGGACCCUGGGUUGACUGCAUCAAUUGCUACCCUGUGGAUAUCUCUAGAAAAGGUUAA